CAGAGUCCCAUCUUGAAAGUAAUAAAAUAAAAACAAUAAUAAAGCAUGGCUUUGGCAUCCAGAUCUAAUCUAAAAUCCGAAGCGAAAUUCCUUCUUGGGUAUGUUUAGUUCUAGCCCGCUGAAAUCCUAGGAAAUCCGUUUUCGAAGCUUAAGAGUCGAUCAAAUACCCGCUGUCGUUUCAGACCUUAUGAGCUUUAUGGAGAAACUGGGUAUUGUAGUAUGGAGAUCCUUUUGAUGAUUUGAUAAAUGGGAAAUUCUAAAGUUUGGGACUUUGUUGCGUUUGAUGGUGAUUUUAGUGAAUUAUUGGAUAUUUGAGUUGUAGAAGAAGGUUGAAUAUUGUUUUGUUUGAGAGCUGUUCUCGAAGAUCUAAAUCUGUAGUUAUGGAUUUCUUUGGUGUCAGGAAUAUCUGAAUUACAAUUUCUUUGAAGGGCAUAUUCAAAUUUCUGAAAUUUCUUGGAUUAUUUGUAGUAUUAGAAUUGAGAGGUUGUACAAGCUUUUUCUUUUUUUGGGUGAUUUAGUUAGAGAAUUCUGAGAUUCAGUGAGAAAGUUUUGGAAGGAUAAGGAUGAGUGAAAAAUUUUGGGUGAGUGUAGAAGAUAAGGUCAUGGUGGAAUCAGUACUGGGUAGUGAAGCAUGCCAGUUCUUGAUCUCAUUGGCUUCUGACAAUGUUUUGUCGAAUUUCAUUACGCCGGCUGGUGAUUUGGGAGGUCAGCAGGGGUUGUGCAAACUGGUUGAAGCUUCCAAUUGGAACUAUGCCAUCUUCUGGCAGGUUGUAAGCUCAAAAUCCGGUGGAUCGGCCCUGAUUUGGGGCGAUGGACACUGCAGGAAUCCCAAGGAUGGUGGAUCUGCGGAUAAGAUAUCUAGGGAGGACGGUAACUUUGAGGGUGUUGAGAAGGAAGCGGUGAAGAAACGGGUGCUUGAGAAACUCCAUGCGUGUUUUGGCAGGUCGGAUGAGGAUAAUUUCCCAAAGAAACUGGAUGGGGUGUCGGAUUUGGAGAUGUUUUACCUGACUUCCAUGUAUUACACAUUCCAACUCGAUUCGCCUUGCGGUCCUGUGGAGUCAUACAAGUCUGGUAAAGCAAUUUGGGCUUCGGAUGUGUCUAGUUGCUCACACCAUUACCAAUCAAGAUCCUUUUUAGCAAGAGUGGUUGGAUUACAAACUGUGUUGUUUGUGCCUGUGAAUUCCGGAGUUGUGGAGCUUGGUACCAUCAAGGCUACACCAGAAGAACAAAGUAUUGUGGAUAUGGUCAAUUGUACAUUUGGGGUUGUGGGUUCUAGUUCCUCACAGACAACAAAGGCAUUCCCAAAGAUCUUUGGGCACGAACUAAGUCUUGGGGGUUCAAAAUCUCAAUCCGUCAACAUUAACUUUUCUCCAAAGGUGGAAGAUGAUUCAGUUUUUGCUUCAGAAUCCUAUGACUUGCAAGCAAUAGGUCCUUCUAAUGGGUCUCGAACUGAGUCGAAUGAGAUAAAACUAUUCCCACAACUGAACCCGAUGAUUGUUAGGGGUUUCAAUGCCCAAACUAGAGUUUCAGGUGUGGAGCUACCUAAGGACGACGCAUUGCCUCAGCUUGAUGAGCGGAAGCCAAGAAAAAGAGGGAGAAAACCGGCAAAUGGAAGGGAAGAACCAUUGAAUCAUGUGGAAGCAGAGCGACAGAGGCGUGAGAAACUUAACCAGCGUUUCUAUGCGCUUAGAGCCGUGGUUCCUAAUAUCUCAAAGAUGGAUAAAGCUUCUCUACUUGGUGAUGCCAUUACUUAUAUCACUGAUCUUCAGACGAAGAUCAGGGUCAUGGAGACUGAAAAACAGAUGGUGAACAAUCCGCAGCAGUUCUCGAUGCCAGAGAUUGAUUUCCAACCAAGGCAAGAAGAUGCAGUGGUGAGGAUGAGCUGCCCACUGGAUUCUCACCCGAUUUCCAGCGUCGUCAAAACGUUCAGGGAACAUGAAAUCCUAGCCCAAGAAUCCGACGUUUCCACAGUCGAUAACGACAAGAUUGUUCAUACAUUCUCCAUUAAAACUCAAGCCGGUGAAGCCAAACAGUUAAAGGAGAAGCUGCUGGCUGCUAUUUCAAAAUAAUCACAAUGUAAACAUGUUUGUGAUGAUAAUGUAUCGUUAACCAACAUAAACGUGAUGUAAUAGUUUUCUCCAGUGUUGAAAGAAACUGAUCUAGUUUUCCAUCUCUUCCUUUUAUUUCUCUAGCGCAGAGUUUAGUUUGGAAAUUUGAACUUGUUGAUUCUGCCCUUCUUAGCAACAUUGACAGAACACCAGUUCGGUA